UACUUAUAAGGUGUCUAUGGUUAGAUGCGUUUGACUUAGCUUAGCUUGCUAGCCGCUAACAACGAGACGCGGAAGUAGGCCACACGUCGGUCAGCGGACACCCGUCUAAUUGUCGUGAUUGUGCCAAAAUGCGCACAGUCCAAAUGCUGAGAGCGUUGGUGAAUCAGCGACUAAAUGCGGCGGUUGAAGAAAUAUUUGUGGUGUUCGAAAGAACGAUAGCGGACUACGAGGAAGAGAACCAGCGACAACGUCGACUACUGGACGCUGUCUUCAAGCGGCCUCGACUUGUGUUACACAAAGCAGACAUCUGUGGAGAACAUUCUUUCCCUGAGCAGCAGGAGUGGACCUUCACUGAGGCGUCACUACCACCCCACAUUGAAGAGGAGGAGCCAUACCUUACACGUUUUAAAGAGGAGAAGGACCCGCAGUCCCCUCCGUUUAAAGGAAACAAGGCACCACAGUCCCCCCGAAUUAAAAGGGAAGAGGAACAGCCCCCCCAAUAUAUUGAGGAAGAGAAGCUACAGCAUUAUCACUUUAAAACAGAAGAAGAGGAGCCACAGUCAACCCAAAUUAAAGCGGAAGAGUCACAGUCCCCUGACAUUGAGGAAGUUGAAGUGCUAGAGUCCCCCCAAAUUAAACAGGAAGAUGAGGAGCCACAGCCUCCUCAAUUUGUAGAGGAAGAGCAACAGCUCCCUCACUUUAAAACAGAAGAGGAGCCAAAGUCAACCCGAAUUAAAGCGGAUGAGUCACAAUCCCCUCACAUUGAGGAAGAUGGGGCGCCACAGUCCUCUGCGUUAAAAAGGAAGAUGGGACACAGCCCCCAGACAUUAAAAAAAAAGACAAUGAGCCACUGCACCAGCAUAUUAAAGAGGAAGAGGAGGAGCCACAUAGGUGAACUUGAAGCGAAGAGAGAGGUGGAGCCUCCAAGCAGCAGCUCAACUCAACACAUGACAACAGAAGCUGAUGGAGACCACUGUGGAGGAUCACAAGCAGACAAGAUCUUAGCUCCACUAUCAGAUAGUGACGACACAACGUCUCACUCUCCUGACACUGAUGAUGGAGACUCUAAAGAUGAUAAGACAUGUCACACUGACAACACACGCUUUAAAUGUUCUCACUGUGACAAAACUUUUAAUUACCGUAGUAAUCUGAAUGUACACAUGAGAACACAUACUGGAGAAAAACCAUUUUCCUGUUCAGUCUGUGGUAAAGGUUUUGCACGAAAUGAUAAUCUGAAAAUGCAUACAAGAAUGCACUCUGGAGAAAAAUCAUUUUCCUGUUCAGUCUGUGGUAAAGGCUUUGCACAAAAUAUUCAUCUGAAAAUACAUACUAGAAUGCACACUGGAGAAAAACCCUUUUCCUGUUCUUUCUGUGGUAAAGGUUUCGCACAUAAUAGUAAUCUGAAAAGACACACAAGAAUGCACACUGGAGAAAACCCCUUUUCAUGUUCAAUCUGUGGUAAAGGUUUUGCACGAAAUUGUGGUCUGAAAAUUCAUACAAGAAUGCACACUGGAGAAAAACCCUUUUCAUGUUCAGUCUGGGGUAAAGAGUUUGCAUGAAACGUUGAUCUGAAUAAACACAGGGAUGCACAGGGUGAAAAACCCUAUUCCUGUCUUGCCUGCAGUAAAAGUUUUGCACAACAAAGUCAUCUGAAAAUAAACACAAGAAUGCACACUGGAGAAAAAACAUUUUCCUGUCCAGUCUGCAGUAAAGGUUUUAUACAAAGUAAGACUCUUAAAGUACACUAGAGACUGGAAGUUUCAUAGACAGUCUAAAUUUGAAAAGACACAUGAAAACACACACACAUGCACACAUAAGAGAAAUCAUUUUGUGUGUGUGUGUGUGUGUGUGCGUGUGCGUGUGCGUGUGCGUGUGCGUGUGCGUGUGUGUGUGUGUGUGAUAGACUAAUAAGUACCAGUGUAAGACACACAAGUGUGCGGGUAAGAACAGCAGUAGCAAAUAAAGAUGCAGGAUGUUUUGUCAUUAGUGUGUUACAAGCUUGACAAAUUGCUUCUAACUUUUAUGUUCCAUCAUAUUUAUCCUGGCAUGCUAAGAGCAUUUUUGAACUGUUAACGAUCUAUAGCGUUCAUUUCUGUUUGGUAAAUGACAGACCAUGAGAGAUUAUAAUCACACUUCAACAUCUCUAACAUGUAAAUGCUUCCUAUUUCCUAGAUCAGCAUUGUAAAUGUAAAUGUAAAUGUGAUCUUAAUUGUUUUACCCUGGAUAAAUAAAUGUUAAAUAAAUACAUGUAAUCUAGGAAGUAAAUGCUUAUAUACUACAUUACCCAGAAAGGUUAGUGCUGUAGACAGGAACAGGAAGUAGGUUUGAGUUCUGUUGGAGGACAUUAGUGCCGUUUGAUCAAUAAA